GCGCGCUCCUUUGCUCUGCUUGUAGCCAAUGAGAACGCUCGUAGGGCGGGGCUAACAAGCUGCUCCUCAAGGGCUCUUGUGUUGAGCUUCGCCAUUCAUCUUUCUGCCACAUGCUGGAGCGCGCCACAAGAAAAGGCUGUCGACACGUAAUGAAACUCCUGUGAAAUAUGAGGAGAGAAAUCGCAGCUGUGGUGUUCUUCCUGAAGAGGCUCGUGAAAAGGGGGGACAAGUUGGAGUCGCACAAGAUCGAGCUGUUUGUCGAGAGGCUGGCCGUCGCCCUGCAGGAGAAGUUCAAGGGCCACUGGUACCCUGAAAACCCCAGCAAAGGACAGGCGUACAGGUGCAUCAGAGUAAACCGGUUGCACAGGCAGGAUCCAGAGCUCCUUCGGGCCUGCUCGGAGAGUGGCGUUCAGUACAGUGACCUGGACCUGCCCCGUGAACUCACACUGUGGGUGGACCCCGGGGAGGUCUGUUGCAGAUAUGGCGAGCAGAAUCCUUGUUUUUCGGUGGCCAGUUUCUCCAACAAUGACGAGGAGGACAAAGACGUCGCGAAGAAGGUGACCAGUGCUUUGGAGAGGGUGACGUCAGACUACCACUCGGGUUCUUCUUCUGAUGAGGAGAGCAUGCGCACUUCCCCCCUCACCGUCUCCAACAGCCGCUCUGCCGCCAGCCGCCAGGGGAUGAAUCCAGCUGCUCCGACGUGGCAUCCUAAGAAGAUGAUCCCAGGAAAAACUCACAUUCUUCCACGACCUCACUACAGUUACAGGCCUCGCAGCAAUCUGUUCCAUCCCGGCUAUAAAGGAGGGCCCGGAUACUGGGACGUGAACCAGAAGCUGGCGUAUGGUUACAGUUAGGAAUCAUGGUGCUUAUUGUUCACACUGGACAUUAAAGCUAAAGACAGGUUUAAGGGGACUGACCAAUGUUUUUUUAAACAUGAAUUUUUAUACAUAGAUUGUUUUUUGACAAAGUCUUUUUUGCACUUUAGACCAUUUGUUAGAGUUUAAAUAAAUCACUUGUAUUAAAUUAGUUAUUGAAAUUGGAAUACUACACAUGUAGUCUUGAAGUACUGUAUUUUUACUACGGGAGACGUUCAUGUAUGCCAUCCACUGUCCUUUGUGAGAAAAUGUUUUAUUUAUUCAUCGUGUAGAUUUGUCAGAUGUAUAGGCUUAAAUUUAUGGAGCUUAAUUAAACACAAUUUCCAAGCAUC